AUGACCUCGAUUCAGGAGCGAGGCACAAGCGCUCAUCUGCAUUCGCUUAAAGAAGGUGAGGCUAGUGAUCGUUCCAGCGAGAUGCUUCCUAAACAAAGAAGUAUCAUAGGAUCCCACGUGCAACGUCCACCGUCUCAAACAACUUUAGGAAGGUCAAGGGCUGGAAGCAAUACAAUGAAUAAAGUUUCAGGCUUAGAUAUUGCUCGAAGACCAAGUGAGAAUUUAUUAUCAAACAUGAACUGUAGCGACAACGGCAAUGGGGGAAAUAUGCUAAAUUCAUUCGUUAACUCGGCUUUACCACCGCCAAAAGUCAACCCUGCUCAAACAAGACGUGAACGUCCCGCUUCAAAUAGCUCAAUAGGUACCAAGACUACCGAGGUAUUUUCAUCCACUUCUGCAUCUUCCUCCUUGGGAGAUACCAGCGAUGAGGGAGAAGGCAGUGAUGCCGACAAAUCUAAAAUAAAUACUUUUCCCAGCAUAUUGAUGGAAAAGGCUACUCAAGGUAGAGGCGCUGAUGGAAAUGGAAUGAGAAGCGCAAGCAAUAAUACCAUUGUGGAAGCAACUACGGACGGUUCCAAAAUGGCACUGCAAAAAAGCAUGUCGUUUGAUGAUACAGCCGCAGAGAAAACUAUGAAUAAAUCUAGACAUUCUUACCAAGAACAGUUCUCCUCGAAGAAAAGCCAGUCAUCUUUACUGAACAGCAAGCAAAGAUCACGUGCUAAAUCGCAAACAUGCUCGUCUACGGGUUAUAACAACAGCAGCAUUCUGAAAACGUUUGGCAUAAGCUCCAAAAUUUCUAAUUCAAGUGAUCGGAUAGAGGCUUCGUCAUUAGAAUUUAACGUUCCAUCUCAGAAACCUUUGAAUUGCAAGCCAUUAACUCCGUCUCAGAAAUACAGACUUCGUAAAGAGCAAUCGGAGAUGAAUUUAAGAAAUACAAUCAAAAGAAAAGAGAAAUUUUAUGAUAGUCAAGAACAAAUUCUUGAGUUACAAGAGGGAGACGUUGAUGAUUCGUUGAUUUGGAACGUUCCUAUGGCAUCAUUAUCUACUAAUUCAUUUCUAGCGUCUGCUAAGCCCGAUGAUAUGAAUAACUUGGCUGGCAAGAAUGACUUAUCAGAAUAUACCGGAGGUUUGGUAAAUGAUAACUCUGAAAUUUCUUAUACAAAACAAAAUCAUAGGUACUCGAACAUCUCUUUUGCGAGUACAACAUCAAACGCCUCAUUAUUGGACUUUAAUGAGAUGCCUACGUCUCCGAUUCCAGGUUUGAACAAAGUAACUGAUUUUCAGUUCAUUCAAGACACAACCAAGAGUCUAGCCUCUGUUUAUUUGCAUUCUUCCAAUAGGCUUUCAAGAUCUAAGCUGUCCGAAAGAACAAAGUCUUCCGAUUUCUUGCCAAUUGAACUAAAAGAAGCUCAAAAUCAAGGCAUGGAAGAUUUGAUACUUGUCUCGGAGAACAAACUAGAUGUGGUCAGCCAUUCAAGACCGAGUUGGUUACCACCCAAGGAUCGCCAGGAAAAAAAGCUUCAUGAAAGGCAAAUUAACAAAAGCAUGAGUGUUGCUUCCCUUGACCAACUAGGAAAAAAUAAAGACAGAGAAGAAAAGUUGAUUAGAGAUGAAACAAAUAGGCAAAAAUAUGUGUUAUUAUUGGACAGAGAUAUAACUAGAAACUCCUCCUUACAAAGCCUAAGUAAAAUGGUUUGGGACACUCCAUUUAGUGACGAAACUAGGUCAACAAUUUACAGCGAAAUUUUACAGAGCAAGACUAGGUUUAUUACCAAAAACUAUAUUCAACCAUUUCAUGAGCUACAGGAGCUUUUAACAAAAAUGGGAGACUUUCCUAAAAACAAGGAAAUUGAAAUAUCGCAGCUAAUCGAAACAAGUUUGAGGCGAAAAGUGAGCGGUUUACAUGAUAUAUGUCCUGAUUUGAUGCUUUUAUUGAAGAUAAAAUCUAUCUCAUCACAGGGUAUAGUCACCGGUGAUGAACUCCUUUUCCAUCAUUUCUUGGUGAGUGAAUCAUUUCAGAACCUGGGGCUAAACGAGAUUUGGAAUAUUGUUAAUUUAGUACAAAUGACGUGUUUUAAUGAUCUUUGUAAAGAAAAGUUCGAUGCAAAGGUUUUAGAACGUAAGGGUGUCGUAGCCGGUUAUUUAUCGCAAAACGAGGAGUUCAAGGAUGAAUUUAAUACGGAGUGUAUAAACUCUACCACCUGGUGGAACAUCCUAGAACGUAUUGAUCAUAAGCUUUUUAUGUGGAUCAUGGAUAUUAUAGUAGUCAACAAUUCCCAGAGCUACAAAAAUAGCCCAAUCAACGAAGAUGAGUUUGUUAACAAGGAUUGGGAAUAUUACCGCUCGAAGAAAGUGGUAAUAAACUACAAGAUCUUGAUUUCAUUUGCAUUAAAUGUAUUGUUAAAUUACCACUUUGGAUUCACUGAUUUAAGAAGUCUUUGUAACGUGAAUGACCAGAGAUUUUGCAUUCCAGUAUUCAUCAAUGAUGAAUUCGUAGACGCAGAUACUGUAAAUGCCGUGUUCAUCAAGAAAUGGGCGCAUUACUACAAGAAGUUUUGA